GUGGCCACGCCUGUCCCGCAGACGCUAUCGGAGCCCCAGAGGAAAGGGACGUCUCUGCCCCUGAGCCAGCUGGUGGAGGAGACCAGGAGCAAAGCCCUCCCAAAUCAUCUGCUGGAUUCAAAAAUCUACGCCAGACUGAAAAGUAACAGUCACAUCGAAGCAGACCCCGCUGAGCUUCACUUCAGCGGCUUUGAGCUUGGGAAGAGUUACACCAAGACCGUGAAUCUAAUCAACAUUUCAAAUGCACCGGUGAAUAUUCACAUAAUUCCAACUCUAACAAAGCACUUCCAGACAACUUACACCAAAAAGGAUCGGCUCAUCCCCGGCCUGGCCUACACUGUGAAUGUUGCGUUCUGCCCAGAGGAUUGGCAUUACUUCAGCGACUGCAUCCGUGUUCACUGCAAGGAUGAAGAGAACCUGUUCAUUCCAGUCCAUGCUUACCCUGUCAUCAAUGACCUACACAUCCCCACUCACAUCGACUUCUCUGCCAUACCGCUCGGACAAAGUGUUCGUCAUGUAAUUCCCCUGAGUUGCAGCUGUCCAGUGGACUUUGAGUUUCAGGUGUACGUUAUUCAGCCACAUGAUGCCUACUCCAUUCACCCCCUCACAGGUGUGAUACCAGCCAACGGGGAAGUUCUGAUGACCGUGACGUUCUGUCCUCUCCAGUAUGAGACGUCUCAGUUCACCUUCCAGCUGGUCGUCUCACAUUUCAACACCAAGCCCUACUUGUGCACCAUCACCGGGUACUCCAGGCCCAAUUUACCUCUCAGACAACCACAUGUCAGAUUUGGAACCAUAGAACACGGAGGUCGUCCUACGCCACCACUUUCUGGACGUAAAAGCAAGCAGACCUCAGUCAAGGAGGCUGACAAAUUAAAGGCAGUAAAAGAUGAGGCGGAUGUUCCCCAACCAUCUUCCAUGGAUGUCUGUAGCCCUGGAGGGGUGGCGAAAAUUCUCAUCAAAGACACGACCUUUUCCUGCGGCAGUACGAAAGGAAAUAUAAACAGUCAGAUGAAAGAGGCUCUCUUCAUGAAAAAGGUUCAGCAGGCUACCGAGGAGGAGCAAUACAAGUAUAUCAAAAGCCAAGUUUAUCUAGGUGUGGAGUCGGUGUCGGACAAAAGGCAGCAGCGGAUACUGGAGGAGAGAGAGGCAGCUCUGCAGGAAUACAUGGUCAAAAAAAAAGAUGAGAGGCAAGAUGAAGACUUCGCUCCCAGGCAGACCCAACUAUCGACUAAGCGGAUGCUUCGAGAUGACAAACAGGAUCGAGACAAAGUACCGGUCUUCCAGUUGUACACCAGCAUUUACUGGGACCUGAGACAGAGAACCCUCACACUUUUCCAGCAGGCAGCUCGGAAGGUGGUGAUCCGAUGCCGCAUGCAGCGCAGACUGGCCUCUUUAAAGAAACUGGUGGACAGUAUAAAGAAGGAUCCCUCAAUGGAGAAUGCUAAGGACAGAGCAAGUGUCAUAUCUCUAGACAAUGCGUUGACGUCAUCUUUCCCAUAUUCCCCCCAAGAGGACAGCUCCACGGCUCUCAGGAAUUUUGUGGCUCUGCCUGUGGAUCCUAUCGAUGUGACCGUGAAAGCACACAUUUCUUUCUUCAACCUCCAGGUUCCCCAGCACUACCAGCUGAUGGGUUACCAAUCCACUUCUCCCUGGGAAGCGUUUAGCUCCUAUUGUCCCACUACACUGGCCAGACGUCUUCGUGCUGGAGCGCCGGUAACCACGACGCACCUUAAUUAAAAUGAAGUGCAGGGUCCAGGCGAAGAGGAAGAUAGAAUGAUGGAUCAGGAGACUGCUGGACUCUCCUUCACGGCUCUUGAAGCUCUCAUCAGGCCUUUCAAUGCAAAUUCUCUCAGAAUCUUUAACCCGACCCCGGGCCUUCAGGCUUUUAAACUGCAGCCCAAGUACCUGGAGAGCGACAUGGAGGUUCACCUCUGUGCUCUACCGAAGUUUGCACUGUGUGAGAACAACAGAUCUGGCUCAAUGCCACUAACUCCACAGGCUCACUUCCUCCAUUACCAGGAAAUAACCGGCUUGAACAUGAAACAGAUGUCCAUCCCAAUCACCAAUACGGGCUCUCCUCGUAGGUCCAUCGACUAUGAUACGGACAUCCUUCUCUCUGCUCCUCCUCUUCUCCCUGGUCUCCCCGAUGAUUAUCAUCUGCAGCUAACAGAGUCCUCGUGUGAAGGUCCAGGAAUCCAGCUGACGCCAGAGAUGAUCAGAGCCGAGUUUCCCGUUGAGGAAAGCCUCCCGUCUCCAAUGGCAACCUCACCAUAG